AUGAGUGUUGUGGCUCCAUUGGAGAUACGGAUAUUUUUUGAGUUAGUGAACAAGGAAAGGGUUGUUGAGGAUUGUGCUAAGAAAGUGCCGUUGGCAAGGGAUACUCGUGGAGGCAACAACAACAGAGGACACAUGUCAAGGGAUUGCCCUAGGGGGAGAAACCAGAAUGAGGGUCGGAACCAACAACAAGGCCGAGUAUUUACUGUGAAUGCCAAUGAUGCUGGUAAGUUGGAUCCUCUGAUGAGAGGUAAAUGUUUAAUUGGUGACAAAACAUUGAUGGCUUUGUAUGAUACGGGAGCUUCACAUUCAUUCAUUGCAUUUGAUAAGGCUGCUGAACUAGGGUUGAAAAUCUCAUAUUUAACUUUCGACUUGCAUGUGCAUACCCCGUCUCAGACAGUUGUAUGA